UCGGACCAAACAAGACAACACCCACGUUUCAAAUCGCUAUAAAUUCCAAUCCCAACUCCCAAACACCCCACAAUACAAACCACAUUACAAACACUCGGGACUUUUUCUCUGUUUUCAGAUCAAAUGGCUGAGAGUGUCGUUCUCUUGGGCUUAUGGGUCAGCCCUUUUGUGAUCAGGGUCCGUAUAGCAUUGGCUGAGAAGGGCGUGGAAUUCGAAUACAAGGAACAGGAUCUUUCCAGCAAGAGCACUCUCCUCCUUCAAUCCAACCCCAUCCAUAAGAAGGUCCCUGUCCUGAUCCACAACGAAAGGCCCAUCUGCGAAUCGCUCAUCAUCGUCCAAUACAUCGAUGAGGUAUGGACGGACGGAUCCUCAUUGCUGCCCAAAGAUCCAUACCAAAGGGCCAAUGCCAGGUUCUGGGCUGACUACAUAGACAAGAAGAUAAUUGACGCCUCGUCAAGGAUAUGGAAAAGCAAAGGAGAGGCUAAAGAGACAGCGAAGAAGGAAUUUAUAGAGUACUUGAAAUUGUUAGAAGGAGAGCUUGGAGACAAACCAUAUUUCGGAGGCGAUACCUUUGGGUUUGUUGAUGUUGCCUUCAGUGCCUUUUGUUGUUGGUUUUACAGCCUUGAGAUUGAGGGGAAUUUCAAAAUGAAGGAGGAAUGCCCAAAGCUGAUGGACUGGGUGAAGAGGUGCAUGGAGAGGGAGAGUGUGUCUAAGGCUCUUCCAGACCAACACAAGAUCUAUGACUUCCUAGGGAACUUGAAGAAGAGGCUUGGGUUAGAGUAGGGCUCAAGAAAGAUUAAAAUAAAAGGGAAUAAUUAUAUUAGAUGGGAUUGGAAAAAUGGAUGUGUUUGUUCUUAUGUUCGUUUUGCUUUCAUGUUAAUUUUCAAAGUCCACUGGUUGGAAAUUAAAUUAGAAAACAAUGGAUCUAAGAGCAUUUCUUGCAUGAUGGAGUAUUUAUUGCAAAUGAAUUACUUUGAGCA